UAUCAACACUUAUUUUGAUUUUUUGGUCAUCCGGAAGUUUACAUUUUAAUUUUACCAGGAUUUGGAUUAAUUUCACACAUUAUUAGUCAAGAAAGUGGAAAAAUAGAAACUUUUGGGGCCUUGGGAAUAAUUUAUGCUAUAUUAGCAAUUGGUUUAUUAGGAUUUAUUGUAUGGGCCCAUCAUAUAUUUACGGUAGGGAUAGAUGUAGAUACACGAGCAUAUUUCACUUCAGCUACUAUAAUUAUUGCUGUUCCUACGGGUAUUAAAAUUUUCAGACUAGCUACACUUCAUGGUACAAAAAUUAACUAUUCACCCGCCACAUUAUGAUCUCUAGGAUUCGUAUUCUUAUUCACAAUCGGGGGACUUACAGGAGUCGUCUUAGCUAAUUCAUCAAUCGAUAUUGUAUUACAUGAUACUUAUUAUGUAGUUGCACACUUUCACUAUGUUUUAUCCAUGGGAGCUGUAUUUGCCAUUAUAGGAAGCUUCAUUCAGUGAUAUCCGUUAUUUACAGGAUUAACUCUAAAACCAAAAUGAUUAAAAAUUCAAUUUGCUACAAUAUUCUUAGGAGUUAAUUUAACCUUUUUUCCUCAACAUUUUUUAGGACUUAGAGGCAUGCCUCGACGAUAUUCAGACUAUCCUGAUUGUUAUAUUUCUUGAAAUAUUGUAUCCUCUAUUGGAUNNNCCCUACACCUAUUUUCAUUAAUUGACUUAAUUCUAAUUCAUUAA